AUGGCAGACAGAAAAGCUGAGUCACUGCAUUCCUCCAUAGGGCUCUUGGGCAUUCCCGCAGGAUCCCUCUUACUGGCAGCGCAUUUCUACAGCUUACCCAGAGCAGCCCCUCUCAUCCCCAGCACAGCUCUCGGAGUCCUCCUGUUGAUGUUAUCGUCUCUUUUGGCGUACUCAGGAAUUCGGAGAAGCCUAAGAAAUGCCUCCCUGUUCUUCUCUCUCUGCCUGACCAUCUCAGUGUUCUGGUGCGGCUAUGGAGUGGUCUUCAUCCUGGGAGGGCAAGGAGUUUUGAACGACGCUGGCGAUUUCCGCAAUGCCUUGGUGCCUGGCCUGGUCACGUUUACUUUGGCCCUACUCAUUAUUGCAGUGGUGGGCUUCCUUUGCAGAGAGGUCAUCCUAGCUACGAUUGCUUCUGCUGUCUCACUUGCCAGUGCUCAUGAAGUUGCCAUGCGUUACAGCUCAGCUUUCGGUUCCUCUGCUGUGGCUUGCAAUUAUAUGAUUGUCUGCUUGGUUGGUGGUUACUUUGCCCUGGGAAGGAUUCUCUAUUUCCUAACCAAAGAGAAAAUUGCCCUCCCAGGCACAGAUCUGGCCAAGAAAAAGACCCACAGACAGAUCCGAUCCACCACUGGCAGCAUGAAUCAUUUUGCAGCCACCGGUCUGAUCCUGAACAUGCUAUCUGCCAGUGUCUUUGGCUGUAGGCUCCUGGGUGUCACUGGCAAACUAUUUGUCGGUCAAGUGCCCUGGCUGUGGGCAGCCGGGAUCUACCAGAUUGGCAUCUGCAUUUUGUCAUACCGUGCCAUGGAUGUACUCAUGGCUACAUUCUUCGGUUUCACCUCCAUCCUGAAAUUUGCAGGAGGCUAUUGCCUUCUGUACCCAGUCUGGCAACCAGAGUACAAUGUGAAAGCAAGUGCCAAGAUCCCAACGGGGAAGGGUGCUGUGAAGGCCCUGCUUGCUCGCAGCAGUUUUCUGAAGCUUCGUGAAGGGGCAGACCUUCACGCUCCCUACCUAGGGUAUUCCAAGUACGCAGAUGCAGAGGUACUUGGCUAUGCAUGCAGCGUCCUCGCUUCUUUUGCUGUAACGAUGACAGGGGACCCCCAGGCGCCACUUGCUACUGUUGUAAUUCCAUGGGUAGUGGUAGCUGGAGGGAUCCUUAAGCUUCUAGGUGGCUCAGUGGCCUUUGCCCGGGGUAAAACCCUGGAGAGCAGUGCCUUCAUUCUCUAUGCUGUCAUGUGGAUCAUCUGGGGCUUGACAAGAUACGGUGGCCUCUAUGGCACUACCAGAAGCUUCCACGCAGCAGUAGGCAUCAUUGCUUUCAUGCUCUUCAAUGGCUUCGUUGUCUUCUGCACGCUCUUCUUAAACAUUGCCUGGUUCUUUUACUCCCUCACGUUCUUGCUCAUCGCUGUCAGCUUCCUGCUGGAUGCCGUCCACACUCUUCCAGCUGGCUAUGACAUUGCUGCCACUCUCAUCUUUGGUCUGGUCAGCUUUUACUGCUUCCUGUCUGCCCUUUUCAACAGCGUCUUUGAGGGUUCCUGCUUACCGAUGGGUAGGCCCAUCGUGCAGCUUAGUGGCGUGGGGGGAGGAAUGACCAAAUGCCUUCACCUGCCUGCCAGGAAAGCUUCCUCGGUCAAGAGAAUUGCAGAUAUCCUGAAGAAUGGAGGGACCUGCGGCAUCCCUACUGAUACCGUGUAUGUGCUUGUGGCAGCCUGCAAUCGGCCUGAUGCUGUGGAGAAAGCUCACCGCUCCAAGCGCCAGGCUCAAGAUCGCCCCAUGUCACUCUGGAUUUCUAGCCUGAAGCAACUGGAACCUGCAAAGCAUUUGUUCACUCCCCUCCUCUGGGACUUCAUGGAGGCUGCCUGGCCAUCUCCCAUUAGCUUGGUGGUUCCCAGAGGCGAGUGGGUGGACUUCCUGGGGAUGAAGGACUCUGCCAAAUACGUCGGUACCCCUCAGAGCAUCGCCAUCCGCAUCCCCGACUGCUCUGUCACUACGCACCUCAUCGACCUGGUUGGCCCCAUCGUGGUCACAUCAGCUAACCCAACGGGAGAGGCAGACACAACACACCACAACCAAGUGUACGCCAAGCUGGGAGAUAAGGUGGAUGCAGUUCUUUGCGAUGGGCCUUCUCCAGAGAACAUUGCCUCCACCGUUGUGGACUGCACCAAAAUCAACAGUGGAAACGUAGGAUUCUUCAGAGUCGGUAUCAUCCCCAAGUCUGAGGUGCUGCAGAUACUGGAGCGGGUGCAGAAGAAACACACCUUGGUUCCUCACAGCGGCACUUGCACAGCGAAAGGCCGGGAAGAACAUCCGGAUCGCGGCCGCGCUGUGCACAACGGGGUGGGCACAGCUGCUUCGGAAGAGGCAGCGCCGGUGCAGGCCCCCGACGAAGGCUGCGAGAAUCACACCCGCCUCUGA